AUGCAUAUGGUUCUUCAAGCUCUUCAUGAUUGCACUCCCAAAUAUCGAUUUGAGUAUUUUUGCAGAGAAGUUGGGGUCAAUCACGAAAAGAAUGAAGGAGGAAUGACCUUUACAAACUUUAAUGGUCUGUCCGGUGAGAUCGAGACAACACUUACAGCCCCUCCUUAUAAAGUCUAUCGUGUAAAUCGAAAGCGUUUUAGGAAAUGGCUUUUGCAAGACGUGCAAGAUUUGGUGCACUGGAACAAGAAAGUAAGUCGUUAUGAAGAGCACGCAGAUGGUGUAAAAGUCUUUUUCGCGGAUGGAACACACGCCGAAGGUGAUCUACUUGUGGCUACAAAUGGUAACAUGUCAACUGUAGCUCGUCAAUUACUUGGUGAAGAAAUGUUUCAAAGUAUGACUCGUAUUCAUGGUGUACGUGGUUAUGGCUGUAGCCGUUGGAUAUCAGAAGAAGAAUGGAAUGCUCUUGCACCGGAAGGCACCGUGUCUGGAAUCAUACAUGGACGUAUGCCUGCAGAUGCUGGGGAUGAUGGAUUCUCCAAGCCAGCUCUCAUCUUUUACUGUUUAAACAAGGUUGAUCGUAGCUGA